AUGUCUCUGAUGGAAUAUGAGGCAGGAAUGAAGGGGGAAAACCUGUCUGGGUUCAGUCCGUCUUUUGUGUUCCUGGGACUGUUGGACAUUGAGAAUUAUAGAUACCUAUACUUUGUCUUAGCCCUCAGCCUGUAUAUAAUCACCAUGUUGCUCUGCGGCCUGAUUGUGUAUGUAAUCUGGGCUGAGGAAAGUCUCCAUGAGCCAAUGUAUAUUUUCAUAGGUAACCUGAUUCUCAAUGGUGCGUGUGGAAACACAAUUAUCUUCCCCCAAUUUAUAAUGAACCUGCUGUUGGGAUCCUCCACAAUCUCAUUUCCGCAGUGUCUCGCACAGAUAUUCUGUGUCCAGAGCUUUUCUACGGUUGAAAUAUUCACGUUUACCACCAUGGCCUAUGACCGGUAUUUGGCCGUGGCUAACCCCCUGAGAUACUCUUCCUUGAUGACAAAUGUAAAAGCUCUGACAUAUAUAUUUAUCAUUUGGAUCGUUGUCUUUAUACUGGUCCUGGUUCCUGUGAUACUGACGGCAAAGCUCCAGUUCUGUGGGGUGAAUAUUAAUAAAAUUUUCUGUGACAAUAUGUCCCUGGUCAGAUUGGCCUGCGGAAGUUCCUCAGUGAAUGACAUCUUUGGACUUAUUGAAACAUUAUUUGUCAUUUUGUCUGCCAUAAUAGUUAUUAUAUACUGCUAUAUGAGGACGCUGCUGAUCUGCCUGAAGGUCUCCGGAGCAGCUUCUCUGAAAGCCGCCCAUACGCUGGUGACCCACAUAGUCACAUUCUCUGUAUUUAUGACAGCAUCACUAUUCGUCUUUCUAAGGUACAGACUGAAUGGUGGCGCAGUGUCUGUCACCGCUCAUGUGAUACUGUCCAUCACCGGACUUCUCACGUCUGUCAUUGUGAACCCGAUUGUGUAUGGGGUAAGGACGGAGGCUCUAAAGCUAAAACUAAUCCAUAAUAUAAAGGAAAUGCACAUACUGAAGAGACUUUCUGAGCCAAAAUGGGAUGACUUCAAGUGCCGGUUGAAAGGAAAGAUAUCUGCACGGUGGCGCCAUGCGAGAGGAACAGCUGGGGGCAGACUUCCUGAGAGUCUGGAGUACUCCACCUUGGUGGAGCUUGCCUUGGGCUGUGUGGCCGAUGAGAAGGUGGCAGACGUGUCCGAGAUGGAAACAGACAUGCCUGCAUUUGAAGCUCUGCAUGCCAAGCCAUCUGAGAACAACAGAUGA